AUGGUCAAUGCUGGAUUAAAUGAAAUAUGUCUUGAAAGAAAGGAUCCAGUGCCAAAUGAUGAUUCUUUGGAGAGCAAAGGCUGGAAUAGUGAGUCCAGAGGACCUUUGCUUUUGGCUCUGGCACUACAUUGUCUCCCUUUUUGUUGCUGUUUUGCAGGGCAGUGCAGCCACGUCUUCCCUCCCCAGCUCGGCACGCUGCAGAUCAUUCACGGCAACGGCACGGCUGUGGGGACGGUGAUAACGUUCCAGUGCUCUGAUGAACACCAGCUGGAGGGACCAGGCUUCAUCACCUGUGUUUGGAAAGGGAACAGUACCCAGUGGACAGCCGAUGUGCCCUCCUGCAAGCCCAUAUCAAAAUACGAGACUUUUGGAUUUAAGGUUGCAGUGAUUGCCUCCAUCGUGAGCUGUGCCGUCAUUCUGCUGAUGUCCAUGGCUUUUCUAACUUGCUGUCUUAUCAAGUGUGUGAAGAAAAGUGAAAGGAGGAGGACUCAAAGAGAUAUGCAGCUGUGGUACCAGCUCAGAACUGAAGAACUAGAACACAUGCAAGCUGCUUAUUUUGGUUUUAAGGGAAGAAACAAUAACAACAACAAUAAGAAACUCAGGAAUAAAUCUGUGUUUGAUGAUGUGACUAACAUGGCAUAUGAUAACCAAGGCUUCUGUAGGUUCCGGGAGGAGUGGACUCUGGACGUCGUAGCUCCUGGAUGUCGCAAAGACAAUGAUCGUCUGCCUAAGUUAACCAAAAGCAGUAAUGCACCUGUGAAACAAGCUGCACCGGGAUGCAGCACUGCAGUACAGACAGUGAACGCAAUACAUGUCGUUGAAGUCUACGGACAUGAGAAUAGUUAUAAGCAACCGAGCUGUCGGAUACCUGGAUAG